AUCGACGAUAAGGUUUGCACUGGUUUAUUUACGUGCUUAAGAGUCAACGGCUUAUAUUAAAUUAUACAAUAUAAUGGCACUAAUACCGCCGGUAACACGCCUUAGCGCCUCCAUAAUACGCAUUCUCGGCUGCAAUCCCAGUCCGAUGACGCUGCAAGGAACAAACACCUAUUUACUGGGCAAUGGCAAAAAGCGAAUUCUUAUUGACACCGGUGAUGAAGAUGUACCGCAGUAUAUAGAUCAUUUAAAGGGUGUGCUGCGGGAGGAGCAGGCAACAAUCAGCAAAAUUAUCCUCACGCACUGGCACCACGAUCAUGUGGGCGGGGUCAAGGACAUUGUGGGCAACAAGCAACUGGCGGACAAAGUGCCCAUCAAUACAGAUUGUGAGGUGUACAAGUUUCCGCGCAGUCUGGAGGACUCGAGCGAUGAUUCCUGCAAGGAAAUACCCGCUCACAUAUCUGUGCAGCAGCUCAAGGAUAAUCAGGAGCUGUCCGUCGCUGGUGCCAAAGUGCGCAUAGUGCACACACCUGGCCAUACAACGGAUCACGUGGUGCUGACCAUGGACGAUGGCACACUCUUCAGCGGCGACUGCAUACUGGGCGAGGGUACCGCCGUCUUCGAGGACCUCUUCGACUAUAUGCAGAGCCUGCAGAAGAUACUGAAUAUCGCACCAUCCAUCAUAUAUCCCGCUCACGGCAAUAUCAUACCAGAUCCUGUUGAGAAGAUUCAAUUUUAUAUCAAUCAUCGCAAUCAGCGUGAAGAGCAGAUUCUGAACUUCUUCAGCCAACGGCCGGGCAAGGCGUGGCAGGCUCUGGAUGUGGUCAAGGUCGUCUAUAAGGAGACACCCGAGCAACUCUGGCCAGCUGCUGCCUACAAUGUCAGCCAUCACCUGAGCAAGCUGCUCAAGGAGCACAAGCUGAGGCUCAACGGCGAGCAGAGUGGCGAGAAGUUGUACGAGUACCAGCCUAACAGUGCGCUCUGAGCUGCACUUAACAGCACUGUUAACCUAAC